UCAUUAGUCAAGAGAAAAUGACAGUAAAAAUAGAUUUAAUUCAAUUAAUAGAUUUUGGGGAUGGAACUUCUGGCGUAAGUUUUUUUACCAUCAAUUUUAAACCUAAAUCGUGACAUGGCAUCGCGCUACGCUCUAGGCUGGCGUUUAUCCGUGUCUCUCUCGAUAUCAGCCGGCCACCUAUUAACACGUUAAGGGACAGUUAAUGACAUGGUAUUUUACAAACACUGGUUUUAUGAAAUGCAUGGGGUCAGAACAACUUCCUCCUUCAUAAGAAAUCAUUGAAAAUAUUACUACAAUAUCAGUAAUGAAAUUUUUAGAAUAGUCAAAUUUUAAUAUUACUGCUAUAACAGUAAUAUAUGAUUUUGUCUAUCAAUAUGUUAAUAUAUCAAUCGGUUGUCAUUGGAAGUCUCCCUGCCCUUGACACCGUGACAAGGCUGCUGUCAACAUGUACUACUGAUAAUGCGUUUUGUUCCGUUUCCGACGUACACCUAAACUGGUUACUUCUUCUGUUUUUAGUUUGUGUUCGUGUGCGACUUUGUAAAACUACAUUUUACCUAUUCAUAUAUUUAGCUGACUAAUAUUUUAAAAAAGAAUCGGCCGAUUACGACAAGCGUAAUCGACUCGCGAAAUAUAAAAUUAAUUUGUUCACAUUUUUACGAGUGGUUUUUUUUUUAUAGUUUAUUGUAAAACUAUACUUUAUAUAUAUAUCUUGUGCGUAUUACUGGAUUACGCGUUAAUCUUUGGUUAAUGAUUUUAAACGUCUUAAUGAUAUCAAUUCUAAUCAAAAUAAUCAUUAAAAAAAGUUGGUCAAGUGAGAGCUGAGAAAAUAAAUUAGUUAAAUUGUGUUAACUUAAAAGUUAAGUUGAAAAAGUUUAACUUGUGUGCAAAAGGUGAUAUUUUGAAUCUCCCUCUGCAGGCAAAUAAAUGGUCAGAUUUACAAAAAAAUUGUACCAAAUAAAAGGGAAAUACCUAAGGCUUCAAUAUUAUAAUAAAAUUAUUUUCCUUCGUACAUUUUUUCAAAAAGUUAUGGCAGUUUUUAGAAAAAAAGUUUAAAAAAUGUCAAAAUUUAUCGAUUUUAAAAAUUGCAAUGUUUUAAUUACAUACGAUUUGUGAUCUUUUGACUUAUUGUUCAUCAAAAUUGGUCCUGUGAAAGCUGAAUAAAGUGGCGACAGACAUAAAUAAAAAACAUAUCAUAGUAAAAUUAAUACCUUCUAAGCUUCGCAUUGAAGCUAAAAAAAAUGUAAACUGUAAACUAAAAUACUACACAUACUACAUGUGUCAAUAAAGUUUUAAUUUCAGGUAAAUUUUAAUUCACAAAUUUUGAAAAUAAUACUUAAGACAAUUGUGUACAGUGGUGGUAUGGAAAACCUGCGGUUGCAUUUUAAGGGUUACGACAACACUCAAUUUGAAGUACAUAUUUUUUAGAAUAAAAAUUUAGUACAUAACUCUUUUGGUUUGUAUUAAUAUUGAUUUUUGGCAAGGCUAUGUUAGCAGGCAAGUUGUCUAGCGAUGACUUUACAGACUUUACUGUGACAAGUGAUGUUGGAACUUAUAACGUUAAAAUGAAUCAUGUUGAGAUCCUGAUAGUAAUUCUAAUGAAACAGUAAGUUCAGAUCAAUUGAAAACAUCAAGAAAAGUUCGAGUUCGUUCUCAUCCAUCAAUUGUUUAUAAGCCAGGUCGUUUCAACUAAAUACGAGGUCUGACUAUUAAAUAACAAGAUUGCGCGCCUAGAAAAUCCUGUAGGGGUGGGGAAAAUACUAGUAGUGCGUUGGAUAGCUAAUAGUCUUAUCUAUUUGCGUACCAAAACACGUUUUUGUCACUAUUAUUGUAUUUGUGCAGUAGCGGUUAGAAACAAACGUGUUUUUUUCUCGUGCCGAAAACCAUGAGUGACGAAAAACACGAGCAACAUAUUAAGCUCAAAUUCCUUGUUAAGUUAAAAAAAUCUCCAACCGAGUGCUAUAAAUUGAUGAAAGAGGCCUAUGGGGACAAUUCUCUAUCACAUGCGUGUGUUUUCGAAUGGUGUAAGGGCUUCAGUGAAGGCCGAGAGAUAACUAAAGAUGAUCAGCGCCUAGGUCGCCCUGUCACUGUUUUAACUUUGGAAACAGUGACCAAAAUCAACCAAAUGUGCGUGCAGAUCGUCGAAUGAGCAUCCGGAUGAUUGCUGAGCCCGUAAACAUCGAUAAGGAAACUGUUAGAAAAAUUUUACACGAGGAAUAGAACAUGACAAAAGCUUUGCAAAGAUGGUGCCAAAAAACCUGACUUCUGACCAAAAGCUCAUGCGUCAACAGGUCUGCACAAAUUUCCUUGAAAGGUUAGAUGACGAUCCCAGACUGAUGGAAAAUAUUAUUACUUGCGACGAAAUAUGAAUUUUUCAAAACGAUGUUGUAACAAAGCGGCAAUCAAUUCAUUGGAAGACGCCUGAAUUGCCCAGAAUCAAAAAAGCAAGGAUGUCCAAAUCAAAAUUCGAGGCAAUGCUGAUCGUUUAUUUCGACAUUAACGGUAUCGUGAUGACUGAAUGAGUUCCGGAGGGUCAGACUGUUAACCAGACUACUGUAUUUUUCAGUUUUUGCAACACUGUGAGAACGGGUUCGUAAGAAACGGCCCGAGAUACGGAAUAACAACUUGUGGAUCUUGCACCAGGACAAUGAACCUGCCCACAACGCGUUAUCUGUGAAGCAAUAUUUGGCCGAUAAACGUACUCCAGUGCUCGAACACGCGCGUACUCGCCAGAUUUAGCACCGUGCGAUUUUUUUUUUGUUUCCAAAGAUAAAAUUUGUGAAAUGAAAGCUGAAAUUUCUGAAAAGAAUCAUUUGGAACCUCCAGUUAUCAAUGUAAUCAGUGAUAAUGACUUAAAUAAUUCAGACAUAGAUGAUCAAACUGAGUAUUUAAAACCGUCACUUUCAGGUGUGUUUUCAAGCAAGAUUUCUAUACUCAGUAAAACUAAUCCUGAAAAAUAUAUCUUGAAAAAUGAUAAACCAGCCACGUUGGCUAAACAUGUAGAGCGAAUACUCACUAGGCUCAACAAAAUUGAACAUAACAUUUCCACAUUUAUGGAAAAAUCAACUUGGCAAGAAAAUGCAAACACAUCUACUAAUAUGGUUAAUUUAAACGUCGGCACAGAAACUGAGAACAAAAUGCUUUCUACAUUAAGUGAAACAGUUAAAAAUAUGACCAAAGAGCUUGAUCGUUAUGACAUCGUUAUAGAUUCUAUUAGAACGGAACUAGAACAUUUAGACCAAAGGAAAAUAGAACAAAUUGAUCUUGAGAAUGCUUUUGUUGGUAUUCCAUCACUUCAAGAAUUCGAUGGUAAAAUGUCUGUAUUUGAUUUUAAUUCUGCUAUGGAUGAAAUUGAUGACAAAUUUUUAGAAAUGCGUAAAUUUGGAUUAGAUCAUUCAAGUAAAGUCAAAAUUGAGUUAUUAGAUACUAUUGAAAAUAUAAACCAAAAUAUUGGUGCUGAUUUUGAAAAUAUUCGCAAAGAUUUUUCCAGUAAGAUUGUUGUCCUACAAAAACAAGUGAAACAAUUAAUAGAGAAAGAUCCAGAGGCAUCUGGAGUAGCUAAAUUUAUUAAGGGCGUGACCUGUAUAUCUUGUGCAACUCCAGCCAUGAUAAGAACUACUAACAACAUGAGCCUUUGUAAGUUCAAAAAUUGGCCAGCGCGUGUACCUAACAUUAGACUUUAUUUGGCUUCUGAAUUGGAUCGUUUAAAGAAAGAACAAAAAUUAGCGCCAUAUAGUAAGAACAUGAAUAUUUUAGCAAAAUAUAAGAACAAUAAUAAAAAAAUAAAAGAUAAUAAAUCUUAUAUGGAUGGCCUCGUAAAACUGGAACAGCACAUUAAACGCAAUAAAAGUUUUAACAAAGAAGACAAACAUUGCAAUAGCAAAAAAACUUUGCCAUCAUCUGUAAUAAUUAAUUAUAUUUAAGAUUACAAUUAAACAAAACAUUUUAAUCACAAUGAGAAUAAUUUAUAAUGUGAUAUAUGUUUUGCAUAUUCAAUUAUUGAAUAUACAAAAUAAAAUUAG